CCGAGACCCAACGGCUCAUUGACGUCCAUCGAAGUUUCUAAGUCCAUGCGCUCACAAUCACUUUCUUAGAAGACUGACAGAUGGGUGUAAAGUCACUAUGGGAUCUCUUGUCUCCAGUGGGCCGCCCAGUGCCGCUCGAGACCAUUGAGGGGAAAGCGCUCGCCAUUGAUUCUAGUAUCUGGAUCUACCAGUUUCAAGCUACUAUGCGCGACAAGGAUGGACGUGGAUUGGUGAACGCACAUGUGCUUGGUUUCUUCCGACGUAUCUGCAAGCUAUUGUUCUACGGUAUUCGCCCAGUCUUUGUGUUUGAUGGAGGAGCUCCUGCGCUCAAGAGAAACACGAUUAUCGAGCGUAAGAAGAAGAAGAGUGGUGCUGCUGCAACUCACGGCAAGAUUGCGGAGAGGCUGCUGGCGGCCCACAUGAGACGGGAGGCUUUGGUACAUGCUCAAGCGUCACACCCUCCAUCGUCAAAGGGCAAACAGAAAGCGCCCUCAGGACCCGUGGUCCUGGAUGAGAACGCUGUUUAUCUUGAGGACAUCGAUAAUUCUGCACCGAAGACACCGGCAAAGAACAAGGCAGCACAAACACCUCCUUCGUCAAAAAAGAAGGCUCGCUUUUAUGAUCAUGAUCCGUACAGGCUUCCAGAAGUGGACCUCGAAGAACGCGUGGCGAAGGUUACUAGUUCGAAGGCCCCAGACCCACGACUUGCCACAGAGGAAGAGCUGCGAACAUUCAUAGAGGAGAUGCGUCCAGAGGACUUUGAUGUCACUUCUACAGCAUUCCGAGAGCUGCCUACAGAAGUUCAGUAUGAAAUUGUUGGUGACCUCAGGUUGAAGUCGCGUCAGACAUCGUACAAGCGCCUGCAGAAUAUGCUACGGAAGGCAGAGACUCCUCUGGACUUUUCUCGAGAACAGAUCAAGAAUCUCAAGCAACGAAAUGCUCUAACUCAACAACUCCUGACGACCACCGACAGCAUCGGUAAAGCGCACAUUACUAUUCCUGUUCGAAUUGCCAGUGAACGCAAUCGAGAGUAUGUUCUUGUCAAGAACGAGGGUGCAGACGGCGGUUGGGUCUUAGGCAUCCGAGACGAAGGCACACGGUCAAAACCAAUUGAAAUCGAUCAAGACAAGCCCGCGCAUCAAAGCGACAGUGAUGAUGAUAUGGAGAUGGAGGAAGUCAGUAUACCAGGUGAUGUAGCCCCUGAUCCCGAUCUUCGGGAGUUUCAGGCAAGUAUGGCAUUGCACGCGAUAGGUAAACGCUCGCAGCCAUCCGUGCCAAAACCUGUCCAGCGGCGAAUCAAAUCGAAGCCUUUAUUUGAUUUGGAUGACGACGACAUAUCCAGACCUUUGAUUCAAGACGAAUUUGACGACAUUGAGGACGCUGAGCUUGCCCUUGCCAUUCAGGCCUCACUAGAAGAUCACACUGCACAUUAUAAGCUUACCUUUUCAGAACCUUCUCCUUCCAAACUCAGCCCUCCUGCGACUCCUCAGCCAAAACCUGAUCUUCGACCCCAUGACUCUGAUGAGGACCUAUACACGUCCCCUUCUCGGCUGGAGACCGCGCUUUCGAUUGCGGGGGCCGGUCCGGUGCGAAGGUUAUCUGGAACUCUGCAUGAUCUUCCAUCGCAAUCUUUGUUCGGGAAGGCGGCUUUGUUGGUUUCACCGAAGAUAGCCUCAAGUCCAGUGCCAUCUGUCCAAUUAUCCCCGUCAGAAUCAGAUGAGAGCAUGGAUGAUGUUUUGCCUGUACAAUCCAUCGAGGUACCACACAGAACCCCGUCACCCGUUGAUAUCAGCGCCCGUUUCGAGCCACCACCAUCUCCCAAAGUUUUGCGGGAUGUCGCACAAGAUUCGGAUGACGACAUGGAAGAAGUCGCCGUCAUUGAUCAAGGUCACGUUGAGGAGAUACCCGAGAGUUCUGUGCCUGUUACAAUCUCAGCAUCGGAAGUGCUCGAUGCGGCGAAAGAACGACAGUCAACCUUCCCUGCGUCUUUUCAGCUACCGAAGACAUUAGAUCCCUCACAGGCUUCGUCGUCUAAUGCGGUCACGUCCGGGGCCGCCCCGGUACCCGAGAGCGGUGAUGAAUCUGAUAUCGAAUGGUCGCGGUCUCCGUCUCCUGUUCAUGGUGCUGCUCCGGAGAGUACUGAUCAGGGAGCGACAUCUGCUACCGCUGAAACAUGGGACGCUGCUCAGGAAAUGGAUCCACACGCUGAAGAAGGCGAAUUUGCCCGGUUUAUCUCGCAAGUCAAGGGCAAGGAUUUGGAUGCCGUCAGACAUGAGAUCGACGAAGAGAUCCGGACGUUGAAUCAGCAGAAGAAGGCAGCGAUGCGUGAUUCAGAAGACAUUACUCAACAGAUGAUCUCUCAAAUUAUGCUGUUGUUGCGUCUUUUCGGCAUACCAUACAUCACCGCACCGAUGGAAGCCGAAGCACAGUGCGCAGAAUUAGUAUCGCUGGGUUUAGUCGAGGGCAUCAUAACGGACGACUCGGACGUCUUCCUUUUCGGAGGCAUGCGCGUAUUCAAGAACAUGUUUAAUCAAUCCAAGACGGUGGAAUGUUUUCUUUUGUCCGACCUGUCGCGGGAGCUUGGGCUCGAACGCGAUACGCUUAUCCGCCUGGCGUACUUGCUCGGAAGCGACUACGUAGAGGGGCUUCCAGGAGUUGGCCCUGUAAUGGCCAUGGAACUGCUGAAAGAGUUUCCGGGCGAGGACGGCCUUCAUAAGUUCAAGGACUGGUGGACUAAAGUCCAAAGCGGGCGGGACCGAGAAGAGGACAAUACUACCAAAUUCCGGAAUCGUUUCAAAAAGAAGUUCAAAAACUUAUACCUGCCCCCGGAGUGGCCUAAUGCUUUAGUGAGAGAUGCUUAUUAUCAUCCGACGGUGGAUUCAUCAGAUGAGCCGUUCAAAUGGGGUAUGCCAGAUCUUGACGCCCUCCGGAAGUUCCGUAGCUUUUUCCACGAAGAACUACGCUGGAACCAAGCCAAAGUUGAUGAGACACUUUUACCGAUCAUUCAGAACAUGAAUAAGCGGAACCAGGCAGCAGCUAUGAAUCGGCAAGGCAACUUGAACAGCUUUUUUGAUGUUGCGCCCAGUAGCGGAUCAUAUGCACCAAGGAAACGGCAAGCAUAUGGAAGCAAGCGACUUCAGCAAGUGGUUACGGAUUUUCGAAAACAGCAGGCAAAACGGAAUACAAGCACACCAGUAUCUGAUGAGGCAGACGACCUCGCACCCGAAGACGGGAAGGAGCCUGCAACCAAAAAGAGGAAAACAGGCGCUAAGCAGAAGAGCCGAACGAAAAGUAGUCCCGCGGUGGCACAACAGAAAAGACAGGGGGCAGUGACUAGCCGCAGAGGAAUCCGAAUCUGAAAGUGGGGAUGAGUAUGUCGGCAACGUGGAUGAUGACGGUCCAUCCGCCACAGAAACCUCAAAACCCCGUCUCCGCCCACGGGCGAGACCAGUGGCAAAAGGGUCCCGAAUACCUGACAGAUACACCAUGCUUGCGGCAGAGUCCGAGGGUUCUUAGCUUAAGCAACACGUACAUUGCCAUCAUCAUAGCACAUGUAUUUCC